UUGCCCCUCCGUUUCGUACUCUCGCACGGUCCGGACCCGAAAUUAUCAGUCAAUUAUGACGCCAUAUGUAUAAUAUAUUUAUAUAAUACAUAUCAUGGUUUCAACUACUCUCUGCCUCUAACCGUUGAUAUAUAUAAAAACAAAACAAGGCCUCCCCCGAGUAAAUACCAAUUUGCUUCUGCUCUCCCACACCACCCCCACGAGAUUCCUUCCUCUAAUUUUCUCGCGGCUGACGCCGGCGGAUGUCUUCUCUGAUGGGUUCUCCCGGGCUGGCCUUGGCAGCGACUGCCAUGGCCGUGUCCGGCACCGUAAUUCUCCUCGCCCUCUGCCGGCAGCACAAGCCUUUGGUCGAUGCCUACUCUGCUUCGUCCGACUGCUGCGGCCUCCGCCCCUGCAUCUCCUCUUCCGAGAAGCGGAGAAGGGAGAGGACGAGGAAGAAGAGCACGAAGAGGGUCCACUUUGCGGACGAAGUGGCGGUGGAACUAGAUCGCGAGCGGAAAAACCGCAGUGAGGGAGCACGAGCUCGUAAGGUGGAAGAGGCGUGCACGUGCGCCGGAAUGCCUGCGAAUCGGGUGGCGCUCUACAACGGAAUCCUCCGCCACCGCCUGCAGCAGCGCGUCGCCUCUGCCGACUGAAUUCAUCAUUAAUCUCAUUCUCCCUCCCUCUGCUCAUUUAUUACUCUUCUAGCCUGUUCCGUCCUGUCCUGUCCUGUCCUGUCCUGACUUGUUCUCUCCUGUUUUCUCUCUCUCUCUCUCUCUCUCUCUCUCUCUCUCUCCUAAUUAAUUACUCACCUCCUGCUGCAGCGACGCCUAGCUCCUCUCCCUCUAACAUUGUAAGCAUUAAGCAUUGACCUCUCCGCCGGAGGAGCUUGUAAAUAUAAGAAGCUGAAUUCGUCGCCUACUUGCUUUCUCAUGAUCCGCAAUACCAGUAGAUUUUCUAUCGGUAGGAUGAUAGAAUAUAUGGCGUGGUGUAAAUUCUGAUGACCGUUUCUCUAACAAAAAACUGGGAGAUGCAACAGAAUUUUGCGUUUCUGUGCCAUCGCACUUCUUUUCUUUCUUUUUUGGUUUACUGAGGAAAAAACUGGGUAAUUCUUAUUUA